UUGGGGUGCAAAUACGAACGGAUCGUGAAAGAACCCGAGAUAUCCGACAUCUCAAAACGUUCACGUUUCUAAGCUCCAUUCUCAAGACUGAGACGAGCUCAAAUCGAUUGGCGGCGGCCGUCGAUCAAUCACCGGAAUUCCCAGCCCCAAAAUCGACACCAUUAUGAUUCACUUUGUGCUUCUAAUUAGCCGGCAAGGUAAAGUCAGGUUGACAAAGUGGUAUUCACCUUAUUCCCAGAAGGAAAGGACCAAGGUAAUCCGAGAGCUCAGUGGCUUAAUUCUCACUCGAGGCCCGAAGCUUUGCAACUUUGUGGAGUGGAGAGGUUACAAGGUUGUUUAUAAAAGAUAUGCCAGCCUCUACUUCUGCAUGUGCAGUGACCAGGACGACAAUGAACUGGAGAUCCUUGAAAUUAUUCACCAUUUUGUUGAGAUUCUAGAUCGUUAUUUUGGAAGUGUUUGUGAGCUUGAUCUGAUCUUCAAUUUCCACAAGGCUUAUUACAUAUUGGAUGAACUUUUGAUUGCUGGUGAACUUCAAGAAUCUAGCAAGAAAACUGUAGCCCGUCUUAUUGCUGCACAGGAUGCUUUAGUUGAGGCUGCCAAAGAGCAGGCAAGUUCUUUGAGUACUAUUAUAGCGCAGGCAACCAAAUGAGAGGCUCAUAGAAUUUUGGUGUUUGAAACUUUUUAACAUUUUGUUUUGUAUGAACGCCUGUACCAAACAUAUAAAUAUAUAUAUAUUUUUUGUGUCGUUGGAAAUCUUACAUCAUUUCUCAUUCCAUUGCAACUUUACGACGUUCUAUUUGUAAUUA